AUGUCAAAUAAGAAAAACAAAAACAAACGUCGCGUUCGUAUAACAGAAACCUGCCACCAUGUUUGGCCGUCCAGGGGCUGGGUUGGAGGGCAGGGGAAGUCCAAAAACAUCCACUCUUUGGAUCAUUUGAAGCUUUAUGGCUUAUUAAGGAAUGUUGACGCGGCUGCUGUUGAGAUCAGAGAUACACCUCAGGAUCGGUUAUUUUCACCUGAGUGUGCUAACAUCUCCUCAUGCUCCGCAGUGGACAACCAGCACAUGCUGCACUACAUCCGGGAUAAAACAGCCGUGCCGUACUUCUCCAACCUGGUGUGGUUCAUCGGCAGCCACGUCAUCGAGCUGGACAAGUGUGUGCAGACGGACGAAGAGCAUAAGAACAGAGGGAAGCUGAGCGACCUGGUGGCGGAGCACCUGGAUCACCUGCACUACCUGAACGACAUCCUCAUCAUCAACUGCGAGUUCCUGAACGACGUUCUGACCGAUCACCUGCUGAACCGCCUCUUCCUGCCGCUCUACGUCUACUCGCUGGUCACCCAGGAGCAGAGUGAAGAUCGCAAGAUCAACCCUCAGGUGUCCCUCUACCUGCUCUCCCAGGUGUUCCUUAUCAUACACUACCAGCCGCUGGUGAACGCUCUGGCAGACGUUAUACUGAACGGAGACCUGACUGUGUUUACAACCCAGACAGAGCAGAACACACACAAGAGCUCAUCCAACGCCGGAGUGCGACGCUUCACCAAGCCGCCGGAGAGUCUGGAGCGCUCGUUGGAGAUGAGCCGGCAUCGAGGCAGGAAGAAGACGCAGAAGCGGCCCAACUACAAGAACGUAGGCGAGGAGGACGAGGAGGAGAGGGGAGCCGAGGAAGGCGCGGACGAGGAGAAGGCUAAAGGUACAGAGGCUAGCUCAAAGGCCAGCAGGACGAGUGGGGACACGGAAGAGAUUGAGAUGGUGGUGAUGGAGAAGUGUAAGAUCUCAGACGUGUCCACGCUCACGGAGCAGAACAUCACGGACGAGGAGAAAACUGCCGCGGCCGCUGCAGGAGCGGAGGGACAGAAGAGCAGGCCCUUCCUGGACAUGGUGUAUAACGCUCUGGACUGUGAGAAGGAGGAUUAUCACGCCCUCUUCGUCCUCUGCCUCCUCUUCGCCAUGUCUCACAGCAAAGGUAUAAACCCAGAGUUGCUGGAGAAGAUCCAGCUGCCGGUUCCAGGUCAGGAGAGAAGCAGCUACAGUCAUGUUCUGGUGGAGAGACUGAUCAGAGUCAUGAACCACGCUGCUCUGCCAGACGGGAGGGUGCGCUUGGCCACUCUGGAGCUGAGCUGUCUUCUCCUGAAGCAGUCGGUGCUGUCCGGGGCUCGGUGCAUCAUCAAGGACGUCCAUCUGGCCUGUCUGGAGGGUGCAAGAGAAGAGAGUCUUCAUCUUCUACGGCGAUUUUACAAGGGAGAGGAGAUCUUUCUGGAUAUGUUUGAAGACGAGUACAGGAGCAUGACAAGCAAGCCUCUAAAUGUGGAGUAUCUCAUGAUGGAUGCGUCCAUACUCCUGCCCCCUACUGGAACGCCGCUGACCGGCAUCGACUUUGUGAAACGGCUUCCGUGCGGCGACGUGGAGAAAACACGCAGAGCCAUCCGCGUGUUCUUCAUGUUGCGGGCUCUGUCCCUGCAGCUGCAAGGAGAACCCGAGACACAGCUGCCCCUGACGCGCCCCGAAGACCUCAUCAAGACCGACGACGUCCUCGACCUCAAUAACAGUGACCUCAUCGCCUGCAUGGUGGUGAGUAAAGACGGCGUUCAGGCGCAGAGGUUCCUGGCUGUGGACGUCUAUCAGAUGAGUCUGGUGGAACCCGAGACCAAGCGCCUGGGCUGGGGGGUCGUCAAGUUCGCAGGUCUUCUGCAGGACAUGCAGGUGUCGGGGGUGGAGGACGACAGCAGAGCCCUGAACAUCACCAUCCACAAACCGACCUCCAACCCUCACGCCAAACCCGUCCCCAUCCUGCAGGCCUCCUUCAUCUUCGCCGAUCACAUUCGCUGCAUCAUCGCCAAGCAGCGGCUGGCUAAAGGGCGCAUCCAGGCCCGGAGGAUGAAGAUGCAGAGGAUAGCGGCUCUCCUCGACCUUCCCGUACAGCCUUCAUCCGAAGUGCUAGGCUUCGGCCAGUCCUCUUCCUCAUCCUCUUCCUCAUCCUCGUCCUCGUCUCAGCUGCCUUUCCGCUUCUACGACCAGGCUCGGCGAGGCCCAGCUUUCGCCUCCGUAGAUAAAGUUCCAGGUUUCGCAGUGGCCCAUGUGGCCCAGCAGCGCAGUUCCUCCCCGAGUUCCAGCUCCAGCUUCACGGCUCACUCCGACUCCGACACCAUCAGCGGUGUGUCUACACACACACACAGCAUGUCAGGUCUGGAAGCGAGGGCCGGAGGUGUACGUUUUCUCUCCCGGAUGAUGCCGGAGAGUGGGUUUAGACCUCCACAUCCAGCGCCGGCCGCACCCCUGGCGCCGAGCCUGACCCCCGCCGCCCAGCCCACCAUCUCCCUGCUGUCAGACACCAACACCGACUCGCUCAGCGUCGACUCGCUCACCCUGCUGCCUCCAGCCGACCCACCCUGCCUGCGUCACUUCACCCGGGAUGACGCCGCGCCCGCUGACCCCGACACCCGUACGACACCCAACCCAGAGACCGCAGAGGACAGAAAGGACACAGAAGAGCACGGGUCUUAUCCCAAUCCCGAUUCAGGAGAGAUCAGGAAAGACGAUGGACCUCAUCCCGAUUCUGAACCAGCAAAAGUUUCUGAACCCGAUGUAACCUCAAGGUCAAGAGAGAAGAUCGAGACUGAAAUUCCUGCUCCAGACCCUGAGGAAAACCUGGAACUGGAGACGGAGAUAGACUGAGACACUUUUUCUUUUCUUUUUUCUUUUUGUUUGUUGAGGAACCAGCUGAAACCUGAACGUCAGAUUGGUUGCAUUCUGGUUUCUGUUUGUUCAUCGCAGCGGUGGCUUUUGUCAUGUUCCGCGCCUCUUCUUUGUUUAAGAACAUUCUUGAAUGCAACAUUUUUUCUUCUACAACAGUAGGGUUAUUGAUCGUCUCUUUCAAAGCACAUCUUUGUUUUUGGUCAAAGCGCUAUUGUUUUUUUUUUCUCUCUCUCUCUCUGCUAUGGUGCUGUGUGCAUGAGUGAGUUCUGAGUUAUGCCUGCAUGAGUGAUUGAGUGGGAUUAUUCAUGAUGUGUGUGUUGUGUGAUUGAUUGUGUGACUGAUCUGAGAAAGGAUGAGGAGGCGGAUGAAGAGGAGAGUGGGUUUGUUUUUAUAAAUACGUGGGUGAGGGAAUGCCCGCUUGGUUUUACCAGUCUUAACACUGAGGAAUGUACCAUGAGCUCUGGGUCUGUCCAGCGGUGCUCUCUCCUGGACGACUCUCUCACUUUGACUGAACACACAUUUGCACUUCAAGAAGCAGCAAAUUAUUAUUAUUUUUAUUUUUUUUUUUUGGAGACUGUAAGUGAAAGUGAACCCCCCGGCCACGUGGUCAGGAAAACUCAAAAAGGCAAACUUACUCCCCAGUAAUGGUGGAUGCGACUGCAACAAAUCCCACUUCACCAAGAUAUUCAAAUCCGGGCUUUCAUCAUCACACAGUUCUGUGUUUUAACAUACUCGAGUCUUAGCACUCGGCUCGACUUCAGUUUCGCUCUUCUUUUUUUUUUUUUUUUUUUUAUUAUUUCACAUACUUGAAUCAAGUCAUUUGGGUUUUGGAACUGAUCCAACGAGCUGUACGUGAUUUGGAGGAAGGAAACGGAUAAUUGGACAGACAUACCUAUUUCCAGGACAAAACUCAAACUGCAACCUGCCGAAGUAAAUGUAUUUGACUAAACAUGCAUCUGAAAAGAAGAAAAAAAACCAACAGAUGAGCAGUGGGUUUGAUGAAAACAUUAAAAGGGUGCAUGUUUUAUAAACACGAGUCGUUUGUUAUUUUCCACCAUAUCCUGUCAUUCAUUAUUUAUCAUUCAUACCACAGAUUUACACUUAAUGUUUCCCUGUAACAAAAUGGUUCCAAGCAGAACGGAGCUCUGAACCCUCAAAGAGUGCACCAAGUACCAAGAAGUUAAAUGUUAAACCCCUGACAGGUUCUAGGUCUACAGAAGAAAAAAAAAUUUAAAUUGCUAAUAAUUUGGAGUUUACACUUACCCUGUUAAAACACACACUUAGGAAAAAAGCGUUCUUCAUGGGUUCUUUAAGAGUUCAUUGGAUAAUUGAGGGUUUUUAGCUUCUAAAAAAAAAGAUUCUACUUGGAACCCUACAUGGAAACUUGAAUGGUUUCUGUCGGAGGGAGAACCGAACAAUCCUUAAGGGUUGAAAUGUUUUUAACAAUCAAGCACACGAAAAAAACUUCAGGGAAUAAACUUCUGAAAACAGAAAGAAAAAAAAAACAUGAAUUUAAAUGUCAUUUGGUCAUCAGAAAAGUUUCAUAGUUUUGCUUUGAUAUAAUAUUUGUUAUUUGUUUUGAAAUUUUUUUUGCUACUUUGCCUCAUUUUUGACUCCGUCGUGACUCCAAGGUCAUGAAUAUUCAUUAAGCAGUACACACAUCAGACAUGUGAUUGGCUGAAGAGAGACUGCAUCACAUAUACACAUAAAUCCCUACACCGUUAGAUGAACGAGACAUAAGCAACAAAAAUUAUGAAAAAUUUCUUUAAAAAAUUAAAUCACUGUUUUAAUUUCUAAAUGAAUUUAAUUAUUUUACGUUUCUUUCUUAUCAAAUAUAAAUGUUUAUUAGUUUGUUUUAUGUUCAUUGUAGAUUUGUGGUAUGAAUUAUAACUGAUAUGAUAAACGUGGCUCAUGUUUUAUAAAAUACGCCCUGUUUUACUCAACACAUCUGUAAAUUUAAUGCUCCAGAUUCCACUUUGAGUGUUGGCUGUGCGCUCUGUGUGGGAGGGGCAUACUCUCUCUCUGUCCUGUCAAUCACAGCGACGCUAGCCAUUCAUAGGCAUGUGUGUGGAUAGCGCUUUGCUCCGAGUGUGUUACGCCGCCCUGAAGAGCUGGAUGCUGGCUGGGAAUUGGCAAAGACCAAAUUAUGGGAAGAAAAAAAAAAAUUAAAAAUGGGGGAAAAAUUAAACAACUCGUGCAUUUUAAUCAAAUCCAUUUGUUGCAGUUAAUUUUUGCUUUUGUAGCACAUUGUGUGACAUUUUAGUGCUCAGCACAUAAGUGCUUUUCUCGUGACCAGAAUUACUCAAUCUGCAAAACCCUCCAGGAGAUGGUUUUAGAGAAAACACAGCAGAAACGUCUGAUGUUGUACAGCUGUGAUUAAUGACUUACUCUUUGCAGCCUUUAAUAAUAAGUUUUCCGUUUUCUGUACAUUAUUUUUUAAACGCCGUCGUUACGUUGCAAUGGGAUGAUGAUCACGUGAAAUCGUUGGUUCUCGCACGUAAUCAGAGAAGGUGGGGUCGUAUCAGCUUUGAUCUGCAAUAACGGUAAUUUAUUUUUUAAAAAACAAACUAAUUUAUUUCACUUUAAGGUUCUGUUCACUAGUAAGAACAAAAACUGAUGUUUGGAUUUGUAUCACUUGUUAAAAAGCAGCACAUAGAAAAGGUGGGGGGGCGAAAAUUUUCUGUUCCGUGUUAGAUAUUUUCUCUCUGGAAAAACUUGGCUUAUUUUGUAAUGAAAAGAAAAAAAAAAAUAAGGUAACCUUUAAAGCAAUACAGUAAAUCGUGUGCAGUAUUUUCACUGUAAUGUAAAUAUCAUGUCCAUAAUGAAGGAAAAGGAAACAAAAAAAUAACAACAGAGUAUCAGAUGACACGUUUUUACAUUGUGUAAAUUGCAGUCGGCUUUUAAUCUCUUACAGUUGCUUUACGGACAAAUAUAAUAAAGACAUGCAAUAAAUUAUUCUACAUACA